UCUCAAACUCCCUUCUCUUGUUCCGUGUUGUUCUGCAUUUAAAGUUCUGCAGCCUUUUCUCGGUUCGCAUCGCCAGGCUGCACCAUCCGCCACCAUGUCCGACCAGGGGACCUUCGACACCAACGUGGUCACUGUGACCCGGUUUGUGAUGGAGGAGGGCAGAAAGGCAAAAGGCACGGGAGAAAUGACCACUCUUCUAAACUCUAUUUGCACAGCAGUCAAAGCCAUCUCCAGUGCCGUGCGUAAAGCUGGAAUCGCCCAUCUAUAUGGCAUUGCUGGUAACACAAAUGUGACGGGUGACCAGGUCAAGAAACUGGACAUUUUGUCCAAUGACUUGGUUAUUAACAUGAUCAAGUCGUCCUUCACGUCCUGUGUGCUGGUGUCUGAGGAGAAUGAGAGGGCGAUCAUUGUGGAACCAGAGAGGAGGGGAAAAUACAUCGUGUGUUUUGAUCCUUUGGACGGUUCCUCAAACAUCGACUGCCUUGUUUCCAUUGGCACAAUUUUUGCCAUUUACAAAAAGGUUACAGAUGAUGAACCAAGUGAGAAGGACGCCCUACAGCCGGGCAGGGACCUUGUAGCUGCAGGUUAUGCUCUUUACGGCAGCGCUACAAUGAUCGUGCUCUCAACUGGCAACGGUGUCAACUGCUUCAUGCUGGACCCAGCACUUGGAGAAUUUAUCCUGGUUGAUCGAGACGUGAGGAUCAAGAAAAAGGGCAAGAUCUACAGCUUAAACGAGGGCUAUGCCAUGCAUUUUGAUCCUGCUGUCACAGAGUACCUGGAAAAGAAGAAAUUUCCUAAAGACGGCAGCCAGCCUUAUGGGGCGCGUUACAUUGGGUCUAUGGUGGCAGAUGUUCAUCGGACUCUCAUGUACGGAGGAAUAUUUUUAUAUCCUGGAAAUACUAAAAGCCCCAACGGAAAGCUGCGGCUGCUGUACGAGGGAAACCCCAUGGCCUACAUCAUGGUGCAGGCCGGGGGCAUGGCCAGCACCGGCUAUGAGAACAUCCUGGACAUCCAGCCUGAGGGCAUCCACCAGCGCACCCCAGUGGCCAUGGGCUCAACAGAAGAUGUGCUCGAGUACAUCGCCACCUGCAAGAAACAUGCCAAGAAGUGAUGAGCCCUGCAGUCCAAUCAAAACCUUUAUGUCCACAACUGUGACGUCUCAGGGACUGGGACAGAUGACCGAAUACUGAGAUUUAAUACAUUUUUAGCUGUAUUAUUAUGUCAGUUUUUCUUUUAAAUGAAAUGCAAAAGUAAUUACAUAACAUGUGAUAAUGGAAUGAACAAAGCAAUUAUGUGCAAUAUCCAUGUUUGUAAAACAUGUAUGAAUGUUAAACAUCAACUGCUCAAGACCAAAAAGUGCCAAAGACAAAUAAGCUUUAAAAUGAGAAGAAGUCAGUUUACCUCAUCCUGUGCCUUAAGAAUGACCAAAAAAAAAAACUUUGAAGGACCAAAACUGUCUGGAAGCAUAAGAUGUCUUAUAAUGUGAACUACAAAUGUUGAAACAGUAAAUCAAAAGGUUUUGU